GUAUCCAAAAAGUAAGGUCCUGCAAAGAAACUCUAGUUGGGUUCUACUUUUCCAAUUUCUUUUUUUUUGAAUUCUAGCUUUAUAUUGAACCAUGCUGGGGUCUAUAAAUCUCUGACUGCCUUAAGAUUCUCUUUCAUACCUCAGCUCAGACCCAAAAGAAAAACAGCUUACCCAGAGUUUUCUCUCUCCUCACCCAUCUUCCUUUCUUUUUUUUUUUCAAUGAGAAGAGCUAUUUCCAAUAAGACCAUAGCCAGGAGUAAUGAAGAAUUUGAACUUAGAAGAGGGCCAUGGACACUUGAGGAAGACAAGCUCUUAACACAUUACAUCACUUUCCAUGGAGAAGGCCGCUGGAACUUGUUAGCUAAAUGUGCAGGAUUAAGAAGAACAGGGAAAAGUUGCAGACUCCGAUGGCUAAAUUAUUUGAAACCGGACAUUAAGAGAGGGAACCUUACCCCAAAAGAACAGCUCUUGAUUCUUGAACUCCAUUCCAAGUGGGGAAACAGGUGGUCCAAAAUUGCACAGCAUCUUCCGGGAAGAACAGACAAUGAAAUAAAGAACUACUGGAGAACAAGGGUUCAAAAACAGGCACGCCAACUUAAGAUUGAUUCUAACAGCCACAAGUUUCUUGAAGCAAUUAGGUGUUUUUGGAUGCCCAGAUUGCUUGAAAAAAUGGCGCAAGCUUCAUCAUCAUCAUCUUCUUCUUCUUCCAUCUCAACCAUGGAAACCCAAAACCUCACAAUUCCUUCUCAACUAUCCAACCAAACUCCUAUCAAUGAAAAGUCCUUUCCAAGCUCUUAUUCAUCAGAUUCCACACAAAAAUCACAGGUGUUUGAUAUUUUGAAGAACCCAGAAAGUCCUCCAGCACAGUCCUUUGGAAAUACCGGUUACAGCAACUCAGUUCUAGAUGAUUAUUACCAAGUGGACAUCAGCAACUUUGACAUGGAGUGUUUCAACAAUUCAGUAAUUUCAACACAAGGGUCUGGUGAUUUUUCAUUUUCAGAAAGGCAUAUAAGUGAUUGGGUCAAUGGUGACAUGGGACCUACUUUCUGGGACAUGGAUGAAUUGUGGCAGUAUAGAAUGGCAGAAGAGGUGGUGGGUGUGUAGCCUGUAGAGUGGCCUUGUUUUUAUUGGAGGCCUCCUGAUAAUUGAGUCGUGUGAAAGUUCUAAAUCUGUAUUAGUUGUACAGACCUUAGUGGCAAAUUAUGCUUGAAAAUGGUUAGACUUGAAUAGUAAUACGCGGUGAUAAUGGGUAUUGUAUCUCCACUUUUUUUGUUGUUCUAAAAUUCCUUCUUGUUUUUAGCAUUGCUUAGUUUAAUAAAAAUUAGGGUAUAUUGUAAUUUAACCUUGAAAUUGUAAUUCUAGUC